GCGCCGAUCGCGACACCAAACCGUGCGGUCAUUGGCCCAUUUGGCUGCGUGCGCUCCGCGCGGCGGAACACGCCGGUCUGCUGCGACGAAGAAAACGUAAGAAAAUAAGCAGUUAUGCCUGUGAUCACGGAGGUGACUGGUAACGAAGACGUCCCGCUCCGAGUCGGUCCAAUGGGAGACGGCCCUGACGUGCCUGCUGCAGAGGUCGUCAAAGGCGACGGCAGUAGCGAUCCUUCGCAACUACCCGGAGGGUCGCGCGCGCGGAAAGUUGACGGCUCUGGGGACGAUGACGACGACGGUGACUCGUCAAGCGCGGAUAUGCCGCCGCUGGAGAGCUUCGAUGUCGAUGAAAAGUCGUCCACUGACAAGAAAGCUAAGAAGGAAAAGAAAAUAGUCAUCGAAGACGAAGAGCCGGAGAAGGAGGUUGACGAGGACGGCUGGCUCGACGUCCUCGGAAGCGGCGAACUCAAAAAGCGGGUGAUCAAGCCAGGCCUGGGUAAGGACUCGAGGCCGCAGAGGUGCAACUGGGUUGUGCUAAACGUGAAGGGCACACUAGACGAUGGCACUGUGUUUGAGGAACACAAGGACUGGCGCAUCAUUUUGGGCGACAUGGAAACUGUCUGCGGUUUGGACAUCACACUCGCCCUCAUGGAGAAAGGCGAGGUGGCCGAAAUUGUGGUCCCUGCCAGGCUGGGCUAUGGGGACCAGGGAAGGGAACCGGACGUACCCCCCAAGGCGAGGCUGCACUUCCAUGUCGAACUGCUGGACACCUAUCCUGCCAAGGAGGAGACUGACCUGCCCUUCCAGGAGCGCCUCUCCAUUGGUGACGCGAAGCGUGAAAGGGGAAACUUCUGGUACAGCCGCGGUGACUACUCGAAUGCAGCCCAUUGCUACAGGAGGGCACUGGAUUUUCUUGAUGACAUGGGUCUGAACCUUUCAGAGUCGCCUGCUGACCUGCAGUUGCUGCUGGACACGCGGUUAAAAGUCUAUAAUAACCUCACAGCAACGCAGAUGAAGAUGGAGGCCUACGAGGCAGCACUGAAGUCAGUGGACUUUGUUCUCAAGGUUCAGCCCAACAAUUUCAAGGCUCUGUAUCGGAAGGGAAAGAUACUAGCAGGCCAAGGCAAUGUCUCUGAGGCUGUGUCAACUUUCAAGAAAGCCUUGAAGCUGGAGCCAGACAACAAGGUCAUCCAGCAGGAGCUCUCACGACUCAUGGUGCGCAAGGAAAAAGAAGACCGCGCUGAAAAAGCCAUGUACAAGCGUAUGUUUGGUGGCAGCAACACUACCACCAACGCCAAGGAAUCAAGCAAGGGGUCUCGCUUUGGCAAGAUUCGUAACUGGACGUUGGUCAUGGGCAGCGCGGUGGUGGCAGCUGCGGCCAUUGGCGUUGCCGCCUAUCGCCACCUGGGUGCCGUAUGACAGCUGCUGCCUGGUGGAAUGCCUCGCUUGUGAAAAGAGCAGUGCACCCACCUUGAAGCAUGCAUCUCCGUGCCGUGCACGCAGUCGAACUGUGGUUGGUUUUGUGACAGGGUUGGUGCGACUUGUGGGAUGAUGUGACCACUAGCCUCUUCCAGCUGUCAUGGCACGACUUGUGGUGGUGACUGGUGCUUGUUGCGUGAUUGCUGCUUUGUUCUUUUCUGCUGUCUGUUUUCUUCUUUAGAUUUCCAGCUUGUUGCUGUCUGGUCCUGGGCCCAUGUAGCUUUCCUGGUUUUUUUUUUCUUCUUUUGUUGCUGCUUUGGUUUUUCUUGUUUUGCACCAUUGUUGGUGUUUCACCAUGCCUGAAUUGUGACCCACUGGUUGAUUUUAUGCAAAAGGUUAGGCACUGCUGUUUGAGCUAAAAAUCCCUGCUAAUGCAUCAUUGUUCAAGCGUGUAGCAUUUGCUUUAGCAAAACCUUCCCUUCUUUCAUAUUUUGCUAUUCAGCCUGUUGUUAUAGCAAUAUACCUAUGUUAUGUUUUCUGUAAAAGGUUUUUUAAUAAAAUGUUGAAAAAGAACCUUAAAGCAACUUGAGCAGCUUUAGCCCCUUGUGUUUGAACUAUACUCUAGCCUUCACAGUAUGCCAGCUGUUUCGUGUGAUCCCAUCCUAAUUGCUAGCUCUUAUAAUUGUGGUACACAUCAUGUAUACUGUGUGUGCCAGUUGUGAGGUUAUGUAUGUGACUUGGGUAACCCUGCUCUCCCUCUUUUUUUUUUUACAUUGAAUACAGUUCCGACUCGCAGCUUUAAAGUAGUGUGCAGCUAUUACUUAUCCGCUGAAAUGCAGAGAUUUCUGAUACUCUCCGAGGUGGCCUUUCUGACACAUUUUUAACGUUUUCUCUACAAGACACGUCACUACAUCCCUGUACAUAAACAUGAGCUGCCAAAAUGUUGUUUAUGUGUGACCACGCACUUGGUGCAGAAUUUGGCAGUUUUUAUGAUCGUAGUGCUUGAGCGAAAUGCCUGUCAGUCCUCUUCACUUGGGCGCAGUAUGACAAGCGAGUAUUUGUUUUUGUACUUGCACCAGACCUAUAACAGAAUAGUGUCUAUUGAAGUUGUUGUUUUAGAAAAGAUGUUAAAUAAAAAGGUAGUUUGUUUGAAGUACAAGUGCAACUUUAGUACAGGUAACAUCAUACAAGUUGCCAACAUACGUCAAGCUGCAAAAUGAUUGAGAGCCUUUUUCUGUGAGUGUUUGAGUGGUAGCUUAUAGAAAGUUACGUACUUUUGUGUUUGCAAGUUAAGCCAAAAUUGUUGAUCUUAGGAGAAAGCUCGUGCUAAUUAUGCUUACACGGGUUAAAUAGAUAGCUGCUACUGCCAGCUUUGAAUAGUAAGCAUAUGCUUAUUGCAGCAAAACUUUAUUGUGCUCUGCUGUAGUAUCUCUGGUACCAGCACUAAAUAUAGCCCCAACCAAGGAACAGUUACUGGGCAUCCAGUUUUUUCAAUUACUUGUGUACAGCAUAGCCCAGGGAACCUUUUCCAAUCUUUUUUGUCCGCUUUCUUGCUACUUCUCUGCAAUCAUUGUUUGGAAUUCUUUGCCAUUACGUGAUACAAUCCAUUUCUUUGUCUGUCGGUCUGAUGUCAAUUCAGGACAGUUAUAUCCUUGUGGAGCAUUUAAGAAAUCAUCUUUUUAUAUGUGCCUCUGCAUUUGAGCAAAUGAAGUGGCUGCUUAGUAUUCAACUUUUGGUGAUCCCCAUAUGUUGAUAAGCAUUCCAUUGAGUGUUAGUAGACGAACGAUCACCACUUUGCUUUGCUGUUCUUAUUUGUUUUAUGGGAAAAGGAGUUCGAUAUGAUGUCUUAUUAUGAUGUGAAUAUAUGUACAGUGGUGGUUUGCCACAUGUUGUAUUUGGUGGUGAACACUUGGACAAAGCACUUGCACGGGUGUCCUCGAAUACUUGUUCAUAAAGCUUGUUUGUCAGAACUGUUCAAAUAAAAUGUUUGAUUUCCACA